UCUUGGAAUCUAAUGUAUGAAAUAUCUGCAAAAUUAUAACUGUGCCUUCUCAAUGUCCUAACCAUUGAACAAAAUUAUAAAUGUGCCUUCAAUGUCCUAACUGUUGAACAAAGAAAUAUCAAAAUGAAUAGGACAGACAGUGUGGAUGCUAAUAAAGCUUGGCAUGAAUCUGCCAGAUGGUUGAUCAGAUGUGGCGCACUACGAGCAGAUCACAAAGCCAAUUGGCCACAGGCAACUGCAUUCGACUUGGCCUAUACAUUACGAGAUGGUGUAUUGCUGUGCAAUCUAUUGAACAUUGUAGAUACGGGAUGCAUAGACAUGAAAGACGUGAAUCAAAAGCCGCAAAUGGCACAAUUUCUAUGUUUGCGUAAUAUAAAAGUAUUUUUAUCAGCGUGUUCGAAUGUCUUUGGUCUCUCCGAUUCAGAACUCUUCGAGCCGUCGAUGCUAUUUGACCUUUCUAACUUCCAUCGCGUUCUCUGCACACUCUCCGCCUUGUCCAAUUGUCCACGACUGAGGCGAAAGGGUAUAGCUGGAUUCUCCGUUGGUCAUGGAAGAUCGCAAGAGGAUAUUUAUAAGGAUUUGCAAAGUGCCGGAGCAGGUGCCACAUAUGGAUACGUGGCGUUAAAAACUAGGACUGUGGACGUAGAUGAGUCUCGGGUUUAUGAGGAAUUGCUCUACUUCUCGAAACUUAGCAAUUCCCAUCAGUAUGCAUGUCAUAGUGCAUGGUCGUAUUUUUUUUUUUUGUAUUUUUAUGGUAAAGCCGAGAAGAUGAGGGCCGUCGUAGGAGAUUUAGGAGACGCGAAGGCGACGAAACGAGUGGCGGAGGAGAUAAUGAGGAUCCAGUCGGCGAGGAGGAUGGGUAUGGAGCUUUUUGCAGCCACGCGCAGAGUGAAGAAAUCUAUCAGGACCUCUAGUAGUGCCAUUUCUGGAGGAGAGAAAAGAGAUUACGUAAUCCAGGAACUCGUGGAAACCGAGCGAAAUUAUACAGAGGUUCUCAGUAACCUACUUAGACAAUUCGUCCGACCAUUGUCGUCGUUACUCCGACCCGAAGAUUCCGCCCGCAUUUUCUUCGCAAUCAAGCAACUCUCAGAGAUCCAUGUGGGCUUCCACAGUCAGCUACGUAAGGCGCGAAACGGUGCCGCGAUCGCCCAAGUCUUCCUCGACUGGCGGGAGAAGUUCCUCAUUUACGGCGAUUACUGCGCAAAUCUCACCCUAGCACAAUAUACUCUGCAGGAAGCCUGCACGCGUAACGAAAUAGUCAAUCAAGAAGUUAUCAGGUGCGAGCAAGAAGCUAACAGUAAUAAAUUUAAGCUGAGCGAUAUACUAUCUGUGCCGAUGCAGAGGGUGCUCAAGUAUCACUUGCUAUUGGAUAAGUUGGUAGAGGAAACUCCUCGCGAAUGGAUAGAGGAUUUCCGUGCAUUGACGAAGGCAAGGGAAGUGAUGGUCGAUGUUGCUCAAUACAUAAAUGAAGUAAAACGCGAUUCCGACACGCUGGACAUCAUAAAGGACAUUCAAGCAUCGAUAAUCGACUGGGAUGUCCCUGAAGACGCGCAGCUGAAGGAUUUCGGCCGAUUACUUCGUGACGGCGAGCUCAAGGUGAAAGCUCAUGGCGACCAACGGAUAAAGGCCCGUUAUGCAUUUGUAUUCGAGCAAGUGGUAUUGAUUUGCAAAGCUGGCAGAGGAGACCAAUAUUGUUAUCGGGAAACUCUACGAUUAGAUGACUAUAGACUGGAAGAUCACAUAGGACGCCGAACUUUGGGCAGAGAUUCACGUUGGUCCUAUCAGUGGCUACUUGUACAUAAGCAAGCAUACACGGCAUAUACUUUAUAUGCGAGAACAGAAGAACAGAAGCAGAUGUGGAUAAAGGCGUUACAGGAUGCGAUAGAUAAUGUUAAUCCCGCAGCCUGUCGGAAUACCAAUCAUAAAUUCAAGUUGACAACAUUUGAUACUCCUAAAAGCUGUCAACGAUGUGGAAAAUUCCUUAAAGGCCGCAUAUUCCAAGGCUACAAAUGCGAGACAUGUCGCCUUGCUGUACACAAGCAGUGUAUCGCGCACUCAGGUCGUUGUAUGCCUAUGCCGACGUCGCCGAUACCGCCACCGCCACUACCCUGCGAACGUGCGCUCGCCGCGAAAUUAUGGUUCGUCGGGGAGAUGGGCAGAGAUGCAGCUUCCAACAAACUGGAAUCCCGCGAUGAUGGCACUUACAUGCUGCGCGUUCGUCCAACUGGACAACCACGCCUCAAACAUGAAACCAAUUACGCUCUUAGUAUCAAGGCGGAAGGAGCGGUAAAACAUAUCCGAGUAUUCAAAUAGUACUACGAGCGAGCAUCACUCUCGGAGAACUUCGAGAAAUUAGAUCAACGUCUAUUAUGGCCCUACCGGCGUGUCUUGGCCAAGGCAUUGUUCGACUUCCGCGGCUGCGAACGUAAUCAAUUAAGCUUACGACGUGGUUGUCGAGUCGUGGUGCUGAGCAAGGAAGGUGAUGCCAAAGGAUGGUGGAAAGGUAAAAUAGGCGAUCAAAUCGGAUUUUUUCCAAAAGAGUACGUGGAGGAGGAAUAGGAUUAUUAAGAAUGAAUUAGUUUAGUUAUUAUGUCGGUGCAUAUAAUAUGUCGGAUUUCAAAGUUCCCGAUUUUUUUUAUGUGAUCAUUGAUUAUUAUAUAUUUUGACAAAAUAUCGA